GUGUGCGGGGCAGGUUCCGUGGGGCUCCCGAAGCUGACCGAACUCGGAGAGAUCGUGCUCCAGGUAUCUUACCUAACUCGGCGCUGGGAAACGACUCCCCUCCACGGAGGUAUCAAGAGAUGCAGAUGCUCCUGAUGCAGCCAGUACGAGCCUGGCACCGAGUCCUAGUCUCUCUCCGCGGUCAGGCAGGGAGGAGAACGGAUACUGGCCCUCGCUGUCUUUUGAUGGACUCCUUUCUCACAUGACCCGUCUAUCCAAAUUCUCCGGCCCUCAUCAGAGGAGGCCAGGCUGCAGCUCUGUCCCAAAGCCUCCUUAGGCCUGUCCCCAAUACCAGAUGCCACCUCUCAAUGUAACCGCAACUAUGAGAGCCCAGGUCCUGCCUUGAUGUCUUCCUUGGGCUGCCACGUCCCGGUGAUGGCCUCCGAGUUCAUGACCUCUUCUCAGCAUCUUAACAAUUGUUCUUUCCACUUCUUCCCUAGAUCUGUCCCUGUCUCCUGCUCUCCAUUGCCAGAGUGCCUGCACCAGCUUUUCUCUGGCUUCUCUGCCUUCACCUCCCCAGGCUGAAGUACCUGCUGGAGCAACGAGACGUGGAGGUGAACGUUCGGGACAAGUGGGACAGCACCCCUUUGUGAGUGUGAUCUGGAGCCCGCUGUGAGGCCAAUACUUUUGAUGGAGAGCGGUGUCUCUAUGGGGCCCUGAGUGACCCUAUUCGCCGUGCACUGCGCGACUACAAACAGGUUACUGCAUCCUGCAGGAGGCGGGAUUACUACGAUGAUUUCCUGCAGCGGCUUCUGGAACAGGGUAUCCACAGUGACGUGGUCUUCGUGGUACACGGAAAGCCGUUCCGGGCGCAUCGCUGUGUCCUCGGUGCGCGCAGCACCUACUUCGCCAACAUGCUGGACACCAAGUGGAAGGGCAAGAGCGUUGUGGUUCUCAGGCACCCCCUGAUCAACCCAGUGGCCUUUGGGGCUCUGCUGCAGUACCUGUACACAGGCCGCCUAGACAUCGGUGUGGAGCAUGUUAGUGACUGUGAACGCCUGGCCAAGCAGUGCCAGCUGUGGGACCUGCUUGAAGACCUGGAGGCUAAAUGCGAGAAGGUGUCUGAAUUCGUGGCUUCCAAGCCCGGCACGUGUGUGAAGGUGCUUACUAUUGAGCCCCCUCCAGCAGAUCCCCGGUUGCGGGAGGAUAUGGCACUGCUGGCCGACUGUGCCCUGCCACCUGAGCUUCGGGGCGACCUAGGAGAGCUGCCCUUCCCAUGUCCUGAUGGCUUCAGCAGCUGCCCUGAUAUCUGCUUCCGAGUGGCUGACUCCAGCUUCCUCUGCCACAAGGCUUUCUUCUGUGGCCGCAGCGACUACUUCCGGGCUCUGCUGGAUGAUCACUUUCGAGAGAGCGAGGAACCUGCAGCUUCUGGGGACCCCCCAGUUGUCACCCUGCAUGACAUCUCCCCAGAUAUCUUCACUCAUGUGCUGUACUAUGUAUACAGUGACCAUACUGAGCUGCCUCCUGAGUUGGCCUAUGACGUGCUGAGCGUGGCUGACAUGUACCUUCUACCCGGCCUGAAGCGGCUUUGUGGCCGCAGCCUGGCCCAGCUACUGGAGGAGGACAGUGUGGUGGGUGUCUGGCGCAUAGCCAAGCUGUUUCGUCUGGCCCGGCUGGAGGACCAGUGUACUGAGUACAUGGCCAAGGUCAUUGAGAAGCUGGUAGAGCGAGAGGACUUUGUGGAGGCCGUUCGCGAAGAGGCAGCAGCUGUGGCCGCCCGGCAGGAGACAGACUCCAUUCCACUUGUCGAUGACAUCCGCUUCCAUGUGGCCAGCACAGUCCAGACCUACAGUGCCAUUGAAGAGGCGCAGCAGCGACUGCGGGCACUUGAGGACCUGCUUGUGUCCAUUGGCUUAGACUGCUGAGCCCUUGCCAUCAGCAAGCCCUGCAGCUAGGGUUCCCAUGGUGACAAGCGUGCACAGUGUGUGCAUACAGCAACUGUUGCUCUUGCACGCUUGGUGGCAUUACAGUGUGCAGAGAAGACCCAUUGGGCUCCUGGGGACCUCACAAGGUGUUCUUGGGACGAGCCUCCUCCCCUAGUGCACAAAUAAGCCCCAAGAUUGGGGGCUGGCACCACUCAGGGAAAGCUGGGGUAUGGUAGGCUUUGAACUCAGUCCCCUCUCCCCCAGGACCCCACCUCCUUCCUCCUGGCCCUCACCCAGCCCUGGCUUGCUUCGGGUUUUUCCAUGUACAGGGUUGGACAGGAAACUGUGUGUGUGUGUGUGUGUGGCAAUAAAGCUUGAAUUCACUGUG